AUGGCCGUGUAUCCUUCGGGCUUCGUCUUCAGCUCUCCUCCCGCUCUGCUGGGGCCCCGUGCGGGUCACCAGGGCUCGGCCUUUGCCCCGUACUCACCCGGACAACACUACGGAGGAGGCGAGCCACGCACCAACUCAGCCAUCAGCAACUUCCUGAGUCCGGGCUUCGACUCCUCGGCUCUGGACUUCCACGCCUUCGCUCCGCUUGGCCCCUGCCUCCCGUAUGUGGACCCGGCCUUCCGUAAGAACGCCACGCGCGACGCCACGGCCACCCUCAAGGCUUGGCUGAGCGAGCACCGGAAGAACCCGUACCCCACGAAGGGAGAGAAGAUCAUGUUGGCCAUUGUCACCAAGAUGAGCCUCACACAGGUGUCCACGUGGUUUGCCAACGCUCGCCGCCGCCUCAAGAAGGAGAACAAGAUGAGCUGGACACCACGAAAUCGCAGCGAAGAUGAGGACGAGGAGACGGACGCAGAAAGGGGGGAGGGCGACCCUCCGGUCUCGUCUGCUCCCUGGUUCCCCUCCGACCCGCUGUCCUCUGAGGCCUCUCCGCACUGCAGCCCUCAUCCUCAACCUUCCUCCCUCUCCACCACCACCACCUCCACACCCCCUCCUCCUAUCCCACCCACCAGCCCCCCACCAGCCCCCGCGGACACACCCAAACCCAAGUUGUGGUCUCUGGCUGAAAUGGCCACGUCCCAGGACAGAAGCCGGGGCCCCAUCCUCCAGGGGCCCAGCCUCAGCAGACCGGUUUACAUCGCACCAGCGUAUAUUUACCAGCAUUAUAACCACUUACACCCGAACCUCUCCCUGAACGGAGCAUACACGCGGGACUUUGGACUUCGGACUUUGGACAAGGGGAGCAGCCAGCUCCUCGUCCCGCCAUGA